AUGGGUGCCAAAGAGAAUGGUGAAGUGAGAGAUGAGAAGGGAGUUAGAUCAGAUUAUGAACCAUCCAGAGUUUCUGUUUCAUCACAAGGUGAGGCUCAUGGUAGUGAAGACAAUAGAGCGAAAAGAGGUUCAGUAGUUCCAAAGAAGCUCUUGAAAAAAGAGACCAAAGAAAAUAGCCCUCGCAUGGCCAAAAGCAGCACAAGUCGUCAAGUUCAAAACAAGGUGCAACAGAAAGCACCAAACAACACUCAGAACAGAUCACCAAAACCUAGGAAAGCAGCAAUUAAUGCUGCUAGAGCAAUUGAAGUUAGAAGACCAGAUAUUGUGAAAAUCCCUUCUCGCCCUCCAUCAGAACUGUCCGAGGAGGCAGAUGAUAUAGUUAGUGAAGCAGGAACCAUUGAUGAUAGAGGCAAUGAAGAGGCCAAAGAGAUCGAUGUGUUAGACGAAGCUCCACAUUGCGAUCAGAGUACUGGUACUGAUGAUGAAAUUGCUGAUAUUGAAGAAAAAAUUGUUGAUGAUGACAAAGCAAUUUUACAUCGGAGAAAUGAGGAACUACAGUCAAAACUUGAGAAGAUGGAGCAGGAACUUCGUGAAGUUGCUGCACUCGAAGUUUCUCUUUACUCUGUAUUGCCUGAGCAUGGAAGUUCAGCACAUAAGUUGCAUACCCCGGCUCGGCGUCUUUCUAGGCUGUACACUCAUGCAUCCAAGUUUUGGUCCCCGGAUAGGAGAGCUUCAGCAGCAAAAAAUACUGUGUCUGGUCUUGUUCUCGUUGUGAAAUCCUGUAGUAAUGAUGCUUCAAGGUUAACAUACUGGCUGUCCAAUACAGUUGUUCUCAGAGAGAUAAUUUCAAAAUCUUUUGGCAUCUCGCGUCAAUCAACUCCAACCAUGACGACUAAAAACUUAAAUGGCAGUGCACCAUGGUUUGAUGGAAAAUCCACACCCAGAUCCAUGCCAGUGCCAUGGAAAAACAACUCCAACGGCAAGCAAACUGAACUUGCUUUCAUACAGAUAGCAGAUAAUUGGCAGGAAACCAGUACACUUUUGGCUGCAUUAGAGAGGAUCGAAUCUUGGAUAUUUUCUCGGAUUGUUGAGACAGUGUGGUGGCAGGCAUUAACUCCUCAUAUGCAAACCCCGGCAGAAGGUUCGUCAACCCCAAAAGCUAGGAAAGUGUUAGGCCCUUCCUUGGGUGAUCAGCAGCAAGGCACCUUCUCUGUUAACUUGUGGAAGGCUGCAUUUCACGAUGCAUACAGCAGACUCUGCCCUCUUCGUGCUGGUGGGCAUGAGUGUGGCUGUUUGCCAGUAUUGGCAAAACUGGUGAUGGAGCAAUGUGUAGCCCGUUUAGAUGUUGCAAUGUUUAAUGCCAUUCUUCGUGAAUCAGCUAGUGAGAUACCAACUGACCCUAUAUCUGACCCAAUCGUUGACCCGAAAGUCCUCCCGAUCCCAGCUGGUGAGCUAAGCUUUGGGUCAGGAGCGCAGCUGAAAAAUUCUAUUGGAAAUUGGUCGAGAUGGUUGACGGAUAACUUGGGCAUUGAUGCUGAUGACCCUGAGGAUGAAGGUUUCGUCAUAGGAAAUGGGAAUGAUGAAAGAAUUGGUGCAGCUGAAGCAAAGUCUUUUAAGCUGCUUAAUGAACUGAGCGAUCUCCUGAUGACCCCGAAGGACAUGCUUAUUGAAAAAUCCAUCAGGAAAGAGAUCUGCCCUUCAGUCGGGCUUCCACUUGUAACAAGAAUCCUGUGCAACUUCACUCCUGACGAGUUCUGCCCCGAUCCUGUCCCUAGCAUAGUGUUAGAGGAGCUGAAUUCUGAGGUGUGGUUUCUCUCUCACGAAAAUGUUUUGGGAUUAUAUAGUUACAAGCAUUAUCAUGCUGACAUAUCAAACAUUUGCGCAACAGACAUGGUAUUUGACACUGCACUUCAUAUUAUGAUGCAGAGCUUGCUCGAGCGUCACACCGCAAGACAUGCGAUCAGUGCAUUCCCGUGCAUCGCUGCUCCUAUCGCGUACCGCGCCCCUUCCCAACUGGAUGUGGAGGAGAAAGUGUCGGUAGCCGGAGGCAGCGCAAAGCUGGACAGGAGAGCCUCGAUGGUCCAGAGGAGAGGGUACACCAGCGACGACGAUCUAGAUGACCUGGACUCACCCCUCGAGUCCCUGUUCGACAAGAGCGCUCCACCUUCGCCAGAAAACGGCGCCACGCCUUUCACUGCUCAGCAGAGAGGAGCUUCCUUGGAGAACGCCAGGUUUGAGCUCCUGAGAGAGGUAUGGUCGGAGCGGCGCGGCAGCGGUCCGGUGAACUUGUGA